ACUGUUGAGUGAUCCAAUUUCUCCAGUUUCUGUCUGUACUUAUGGGAUAGAGAACCGUGAUCGUAUUGUAUUUACUGUGGCUAACUGCAUCCAUCUAAACAUGGAGAAAAAAAGUUACACCAUACUUCAAUUGGCAGUUAUUUUCGUGUCGUGUCUUGGCUUAGAAGACUGCGGUCGUAGACCUCCGCUACCACGAGUAAUUGGUGGUGACGAAGCUAUUCCACACUCUUGGCCUUGGCAAGCAAGGAUCAUUCUCCAGGACAAAGAUGGAAAGUGGAACCAUAAGUGUGGCGCGUCCCUGAUUCAUCCAGAAUGGAUCGUCACCGCAGCCCAUUGUCUGGCGUUCCACCCGGAUCCAAGGAUAUAUGAAGUCAUUCUAGGAGAUCAUGAUUGGGCGAAAAAAGAACCAACAGAACAGUAUUUCGAGGUUUCACAGUUGUACUUAAACAGGCUAUAUCAAAAGUUCUCGGGAUAUGGUCACGACAUUGCGCUUAUUAAACUGUCAAGACCCGCGAUUCUUAAUAAAGAUGUGAAUCUUGUAUGCCUUCCAAAGCAGAACAACAGAGUUGCUAUUGGCAAGAUGUGUUACUUGACAGGAUGGGGAGUUUGGAAACCUGGAGCUCACCGGUCCGAGAAAGCUCCAAAACUGCAGCAAGCUCGAUUACCCACAGUCAAUUUUUCAACAUGUUGGAUUGGAAAUUCUUUUUUCCAGCCUAUCGACGACGAAACGAUGCUUUGCGCAGGUUUUGGUAAAGGAAAAACUAUAAGUGGAUGCAAUGGUGAUAGUGGUGGACCUUUAGUAUGCGAGGAGGAUGGAAAAUAUGUUUUGAGGGGUGCUGUGAGCUGGGGGAUACCCGGAUGUCCAGGCGGAAGACAUUUUUCGGUUUUUGCUCGUGUGAGUUCUUUUGUGGAAUGGAUUGAAAAUCACAUAAAAAAUAGCGACAUCUAUUAACUUAUCGCUCACGUAUCCCUAUUAUCUAAGUAUAUCAGGUAUCUUAGUGUCUUUAGUUCCCGUAGGAUUAUUUUCCAAGUGUGCAAACUGAUUUCAAUCACAAAGGAAGCAACGAUUUUGAGUAUCUCAGGGGUAUGGUACAGCGACUACCUACUCGGCUUUCCAGACAAAUGUUUAUAUAGCGUCUCUUGUUCUUGUUCGCUGUUUUAGAGGCAUUAGUGGGAGUUUUCCGAAGAAGAUUCCCUUCUAAACGUCUUCUAGGAAUUUAGGAGCAUACCGCACCAGAUUGUAUUAUUUUUCAAUUACUGUUACCUUAGCAAAUCAGGGGCAGUAAGGAGUGAGGGGAGCCAACUUCACUUCCGUACCCUCCCCUCCCUACUCGGUCACUUUGUAAUAGAUGUAUUGACGAAACUUGAAAACUAGCCGGCAAUCAGAGCAUCAGGUCUCUAGACACGAUAUACUUUGAAAACGACUCCUUCUUCAUUGAAGCAUGUCUUUUAUUUAGUUUAUCAGUUACUUUUAUCAUUGAUAUAGAACAGUGGGAUCACUCCUUCUCUUGGUGUCACAUUGAAGAAUACUCUUUAAAAAGCUGUUAAAUGAAAGAGAAAAAGAA